UGGAUGUGAUUUUACCUCCUCAACAGUGUAAGUUUAGGCUCCACUCCUGCGCCCUCUUGUGGUUCCUAACAGUAACACACGCCGGCUGUAGUUUCCGGUAGUAUGGCGUCUGUAUCCCUAAAUGCACCCAUUGCCUCUCCUUAGUUUCUCCAAGGAGGUGCUGAGAGCCAGUGUGGUUCCUUCCAUGUGGCUUGAGGGACUAUGCUGCUGCUGGUAGCUCUGUGCCUGGUCUGCACUUAUAAAACCAUCUCCGCCACAGACAGCGGACAGGACAGCAGCCGCACACCACAGCUGGACUACAGCAGCCUGGCACUGCCUCAGCAGCAUAUUCCUUUCUUUCUUCACAGCAACAAACGACUGGCCAAACUAUGCAAGGAGGACCCGCUUUGCCCUUUUAAAGAUGCUCUGCUGCUCCAGAAAGCUUGCUGGGGGUAUGAAAAGAGCUGCUCCCCUGAGCACAGGUUCAGCUAUCCUGUGUGCACCAGUUUUGACUCGGGAUGGGCAGACUCUAUUCAGGCUGCCCAGGAACUGUUCUGGAAGCAGGCAGAUUUUGGCUAUGUGAGGGAGCGUCUCAGUGAGAUGAAGACUUUGUGCAAGCCUUUGAGUCCUGGUGAUUCCUCUCUGAAGUGCACCAGUCAUAUGCGGUUCUGUAGGGCCAUAAACCUGUAUCUGUACCUGAGGAGUCCCCGCAGAGGUCAUGAGAGGUAUAAAGAGGAUUUCCUGGAACAGGGGGAGAUCGGUGGUCACUGCAGCCUUAAUAGUAAAGCACUAGCUGCAGAAGGGACGCACAAGAGUCCUCUUCAGUCUUGGUUUGCUGAACUGCAGAUGUACUCAGAGCUUGACUUCCAUCCCAUGGAUGACGGCCAUUGUGAUGUUAUAAUCGACAGACCAACCAUCUUCAUGAAGCUGGACGCAGGAGUGAACAUGUACCAUCAUUUCUGUGACUUUGUCAACCUCUACAUCUCUCAACACCUCAACAAUUCCUUCAGCCGUGACAUAAACAUUGUCAUGUGGGACACAAGUUUGUAUGGAUAUGGAGACCUGUUCAGUGAAACAUGGCGGGCUUUUACCGAUGAUGACAUCAUUCACCUCAAAACCUUUGACUCCAAAAGGGUGUGUUUCAGAGAUGUGGUUUUCUCACUCCUUCCAAGAAUGCGAUACGGCCUUUUCUACAACACCCCUCUUAUCUCUGAUUGCCAGAGCGAAGGGCUGUUCAAGGCAUUUUCCCAGCAUGUCCUGUAUCGACUUGGUGUCCCACAAGAAGGGCCGAAGGAGGGCCGAGUCCGUGUCACACUUUUGGCAAGAAGCACUGAGUUCCGUAGGAUAAUGAACCAGCAGGAGCUUAUCAAUGCCCUGAAGACUGUGCUUUUAUUCGAGGUCAAGCUGGUGGAUUACAAAUACAAAGAGAUGCCGUUUCUGGAGCAGAUCCGUGUCACACACAACUCUGAUAUCUUCAUUGGGAUGCAUGGAGCCGGACUGACCCACCUCCUCUUUCUCCCCGACUGGGCCGUCAUAUUUGAAUUGUACAACUGUCAAGAUGAGAGCUGCUACCGUGAUCUGGCCCGACUGAGGGGAGUCCAUUACAUGACUUGGCAGAAAAGGGACAAAGUGUUCCCCCAGGAUAAGGGUCACCACCCUACUCUUGGGGAACAUCCUAAGUUUACAAACUACACGUUUGAUGUUGAGGAGUUCAUGCGGUUAGUCCUUCUAGCGGCUGAAUAUGUGACCCGGCAUCCGGCGUGGCGCGCAAAACAGGCUCGAGAUGAACUGUAGCCUGUAAGACACGGUGGAGAUAGAUGAACACACUCCUAUGAACUCUCUGCACUCUAUAAAUGUAGCGGAGUUAACGUAUGGUUAAUAUGUGCUGUUACCGAUCCUCUAGCUGUCUCGUUUUGCACAUGGAGGUGUUGUGUACUUUAACAAACAACUUCGACAUAUUGUUGAUGUAUUUUGUGGGUCUUAAUAUACCUCUCCUCAAGUAUAUGUGGGCUUUUUAAAGAGACUUUUGAACCUGAUUUGUGUGCUGCUUUGUAAUGGCAAAGGUUCUAGGUCAGUAGAUUAUUAGAAGGUAGUAAGAUGUCUUUAAACAGCUAAGGAGGCUACAUCUAAGGAUAAUACAUCAGCUUCAUAUUUAUUACAGUGUUUGUUACUUUUUGAUUUGUGUUCAGGGUAAAUAUUGAUCUUGAAAAUGUUAAACAAUGUAAAGGGAUUCAUGGUUCCAGUCCUGUUGCACAAGAUGAGAUGCUGGUUCAGUAUUACUCCAUUUUAUAAAGUGUUUUUAAUCAGUGUUAAGAUCCUCAGACCCGUCAAAAACUGGCGAAACAGUAACAAAUGUUGCUGAAUUUUUAGUGCACGAUUGAGUUGAAAGAGGUUUUGAAAAUAUCUGUUUUGUAUUGAAUGGAAUUUUAAACUGAAAUUAAGUUCUGUAUGACUUCAUCAUCGUUGUCAUACAUUGAAAAAAAAAAAAAAAAAAAAAAAAAUGUAUUUAUUAAUCACUUAAUGUAGGCUUUAUCAUAAUGGUAAAGAAUAAAGAAUGGCUUUCAG